AUGGAUCCGCGAUACGACAUCCCGCGGAGGGUCGGCGUCGGCGGCGGGAGCUCCUCCAACUCGUCGCCCGCUCUGGGGGCUCAGUCGCGCCGCAGGAAGAUGCCGCCCAGGCCCGCUGACUUCAAACUUCAAAUUAUUAUUAUCGGCUCACGGGGUGUUGGUAAAACCAGCAUAAUGGAGCGAUACACGGACGACACUUUCUCCGAGGCCUGCAAAUCCACCGUAGGAGUGGAUUUUAAAAUCAAAACGGUGGAGCUGAGGGGGAAAAAGAUCCGACUGCAGAUCUGGGACACAGCGGGCCAGGAGCGUUUCAACAGCAUCACGUCGGCGUACUACCGUGGCGCCAAGGGGAUCGUGCUGGUCUACGACAUAACCAAGCAGGAGACCUUUGACGACCUUCCCAAAUGGAUGAAGAUGGUCGACAAGUAUGCCUCCGAAGAGGCAGAGCUCCUCCUCGUGGGUAACAAGAUGGACUGCGAGGGCGAUCGCGUCAUCUCCAGACAACAAGGCGAGAGGUUUUCCUCUCGGAUAAGUGGUAUGCGUUUCUGCGAGACAAGCGCCAAAGACAACUGCAACGUGGAUGAGAUCUUCCUCAAGCUUGUGGAAGACAUUCUCAGCAAGAUGCCGCUGGAGGUUCCCAAUAAGGAGCUUUCCGGCAGCGUGCUGUCUCUGCAGCCUGAACCUGAAGUGCCUCCAGAGCUGCCCCCACCUCGUGUACGCUGUUGCUGA